AUGGCUAACGAGGGGGGAGCAAGCUCCCAAGCUUUUGAUCUUAAACUUUUCACAGAAGCAAUCAAAGGCGAAUUGGGACGCAUGAUGGACCAAAAACUUGAACUAAUGCAUCAACGCAUUGACAGCUUAGAGUUGUCUCAUGGAAGCUCCAAAGGCAGCCGUGGAAAGGCUUAUGCACAUGAGUCUACCGACUCUAACUCAGACAACAACUAUGAGCAUAAGCAAAGUAGGUCCAAGCGUGAAGCUAGGCCUUCAAAUGACCACAUUCCGGGCAUAAAGAUGAAAAUUCCGCCUUUCCAAGGACGAUCAGACCCCGAUGCCUACUUAGAGUGGGAGAAGCGGAUUGAACUUGUCUUCGAUUGCAAUACUUACUCGGAGGAGCAAAAGGUCAAGUUGGCCGUGGUCGAAUUCACCGACUACGCCGUUGUGUGGUGGGAUCAACUCUCUACUAGUCGAAGGAGGAGUCGUGAACCUACCAUACAAACUUGGACGGAGCUAAGACGACUAAUGAGGAAGCGUUUCGUACCAAGUCACUACUACCGUGACUUGUACCAAAAGCUUCAAACCCUCAACCAAGGAGCACGAAGUGUCGAGGACUAUCACAAGGAAAUGGAAAUACUCAUGCUACGGGCAGACAUCAUGGAGGAUCGAGAAGCAACAAUGGCACGCUUCUUGAACGGAUUAAGGCCCGAAAUUGCUGAUCAAGUGGAGUUACACCACUAUGUGGAACUUGGGGACUUGGUGGAGAAGGCCAUCAAGAUUGAAAGGAGGAUUAAGAGGAAGGGUUCAACUCGGAGUUACUCCAACUUUUCACCCUCUUAUCCCCAAACUACACCACCAAAGAAAGAGGAUAAAGGGCCGAGUAAUUCCAUCCCUUCAAGACCGAGGCCGGAUACGACUAAGUGGGAGUCUAAAGCAACACCAAAGACUGCCAUUGAGUUGAGCUUGGGGCGAAAUCGAUAUACUAGAUGCUUCAAAUGCCAAGGCCGAGGGCAUAUUGCUAGCCAAUGCCCGAACCAACGCACUAUGAUCAUCUUACCCAAUGGCAAGGUAUGUAGUUUGAUCAUAGAUGGAGGUAGUUGUGCUAAUGUUGCUAGUGCCUUGAUGGUGGAGAAACUAGCACUACCCACUCUACGACAUCCAACACCGUAUCGUUUGCAAUGGUUGAACGAUAGCGGGGAUGUUCGUGUGACCAAGCAAGUCCAAGUACCUUUCCGAAUUGGAAAGUAUGAGGACGUGGUGUUAUGCGACGUGGUCCCUAUGCAAGCAUGUCACAUACUAUUGGGGAGACCAUGGCAAUUCGACAAGGGAGUUACAUUCGAUGGCAUUACUAAUAAAUACUCUUUCAAGCAAGGCGAGAAGAGGAUUGUGCUUGUGCCACUCACUCCUAUUCAAGUUCGUGAAGAUCAAGAAAGCUUGAUCAAGGAAAGUGAGCUCGAGAAUGAGAAGAAAAAAAUAGAAAAAGCCGAGAGCUCAACAGAAAAUGAUAAGGCCAAGAAAAUUGAGAGGAAAAAAACAUAUG